UUUCGGUGGGACAUUUCAUCGAACAAGUGUCUGGCUUCCCUGGACAAGGCAUCGCGUUCGUUGACAGUUACAUAACAGAAACUAUGAACGCGCACAGCGAGGCAUUCUAUCUUAGAUCUUUUUCUUUUUUUAUCCGUUAAGGCUUUCAAACAUCUCUCGUUUCCUCUCUCUCUCUCUCUCUCUCGCUUUCCGUUUCGUCUUCGAAAGAUUUAGAAGAGAUGAAUCGAACGCAGACCACGAGGGUCUCCGAUGAGUAUUACAUGAACGCCGGGCAAGUGGCAGGAUCGAGAUCGGCGAUGUGCCUUGACAAUCUGCCGAUUUACAAUUCUCAGCUGGAGAUCGCGAAGAAGGAAGCGGCGCGUUUGAGGUUCGCGGAGAACAUGGUGCACCUCAUCCCUGUCGUCAUCAUCGUCUGCGCCAUGGUUCUUUGGAUCUUCUCCAACCCUGCAAUUGAGAUGGAGAGUAAAGAUGAUUCCAUCCUUGCUAGAAUCAAGAACAUGACCAUUGAUGGUUACAGCAACUGGAAUGACUCAUCCUUUACAACUGGGAAGGGAGACUUCGAUCCACUAAACGGGAUUGCAGCAGAAGACUUUAGAAGAAAUUUCGAUAAGAAAAAUCAAGGGUGAAGUUCAUUAGGUUCCUUUACAGGUUCUUCUGUUCCCAACUGUUAAUGUCUGUGCAAAAGAAAUCUGUUGCAGAGAACCUUUCUGAGAUCAAUGCAGCUAACAUUACUAUAAAGUUGUCUUUUUUUUUUUUAA